GAUCCUAGGUCCAUAGAAAGUUCCAUCUGGUGUUUCUUCUUUGUGGAGCAGUGUCGUGCAUUUCAUGGUCUUCAUUUUCAAUCGGAGCAAGGCAAAGGCACUUUUUUUGAUUGUAUCUUUAAUUUCAACCACGUUAACAACGUAGUUGAUUGGGAAUCGUCGAUCUUUAACUUGCCUUAGCGACACAUAAUCGUAAUUAAUAAUGGCACAGAAUAAAAUUAACGAAUUUGCAUCACGUUUUGCAAAAAAUCCAAAUGGACUGUCCUUUGGGUUUAAGUUCCUUGCAGCGGCCGGCGUGGCGGUUUAUGGUGUUGCGAAAUCCAUGUACACAGUGGAGGCUGGUCAUAGAGCGAUAAUGUUUUCUCGUCUGGGAGGCAUUCAAAAAGACAUCAUGACCGAGGGUCUACAUUUCCGACUUCCAUGGUUCCAUUACCCGAUUAUUUAUGACAUCAGGAGUAGGCCUAGAAAAAUAUCCUCGCCUACGGGAUCCAAAGACUUGCAAAUGGUCAAUAUUUCUCUUCGAGUACUUUCCAGACCUGAUGCCAGCACAUUACCCACAAUGUACCGUAAUUUAGGUCUUGACUACGACGAGAAGGUUUUGCCAAGCAUUUGUAACGAAGUAUUAAAAUCAGUUGUCGCUAAGUUCAAUGCUUCUCAGCUUAUUACACAGAGACAACAGGUCUCAAACAUGGUACGAAAAGAAUUAACCGAACGUGCGCGUGAUUUCAAUAUUGUCUUAGAUGAUGUAUCCAUAACCGAAUUGAGUUUUGGUAAAGAAUAUACCGCUGCUGUAGAAGCUAAGCAAGUAGCUCAACAGGAAGCGCAAAGAGCAGCUUUUGUCGUGGAGAGAGCAAAGCAGGAAAGACAGCAAAAGAUUGUCCAGGCUGAGGGUGAAGCGGAAGCGGCUAAAAUGUUAGGUUUAGCUGUUAGCCAAAACCCUGGUUAUUUAAAACUGCGAAAACUUCGAGCAGCACAAGCUAUUUCCCGAACGAUUGCUACCUCUCCAAAUCGUAUAUUCCUUAGCGGUAACAAUCUAAUGCUGAACAUUCAAGAUCCAUCGUUCGACGAUUCGUCAGACAAAUUGAAAAGUCGUGAAGGGAUGGGCUGGAAAAACUGGAAUAAUACUACAGAAAGCGCGGUCAAAUCUUUAAAAGCUGAUCGUCAAUCAACAGUGACAAUUGACGAAAAGUCGUUUAUCCAGGCUGCAUCGGUAUCUUCGGAAGAACAAAUGUCCGUUUUAUUGGAUUCAGCGGACAAUGGGGCAAAAAUGAUAGUUUCUUGAAUUAAAUACUUAAAAAGGUUUGAGGAGAUCUUGCGAUGCGAGCUCGUCUUUUCUAUCGUAAUCCUUAUCCAAAUCCUACUGUUGUAUACUUCUGCGAGCAUUUUGAUGAUAAAAAAAAAUAUAACUCAUCGAAAUUUU